AUGUGCAGGAAGGAGCUCAGCGACUGGGAUGCGGAAGACGAUCCAUUUAACAUUCAUUUCAUUAAGUGUCGGAAUACGUGCGCUUGGGCGACAGUCCGCUGUGGAUUGAAAGGGGACCUCGGCGAGCAUGGAAAUUACGACUUCUCAGAUCCUACGCGUGUUCCGUCGUGCAAAGUGAUGGAGAUAGCUCGCUUGGAGACAUUUACAGUGAACAAAUCAUGGCCUCACGAUUCUGUCAAAGGUCAUGGUGCGAACUCUAAGAAGAUGGCCAAAGCGGGCUUUUCGUACACUCCCCAGUCCGCGGGCGACGACACCGUCACAUGUUUCUACUGCAACCUCUCACUGAGUGGUUGGGACCACGACGACGAUCCCACGGAAGAGCACGUGAAACGCGAAAAGAAAUCAGGUCCGUGCCCUUUCUUCCAAGCGUCAACUUCACGGACGCUCUCCAAGUCGACCUCGAAACCUCCCACACGGAAGCCCGCGUCGCGUACGAGGGCUAUUGAAGACCAAAUUACAAACGUCGACUCGGACGACGAGCUCGCGACCACGCCUGCGCUCACUGCCGGCCCGUCGAAAAGCAGGAGCGCGAAGUCGGUGCGCAGCACGGAGACCAAGACCCCCGCGUCUCGGCGGUCAACGCGAGUUGGAAGCCGGACGGCGGGCAGUUCAGAGGUGGAGGACACUGAGGGGAGAAGCGGGAGCGACGUCGGGAAGCGGGUGUCGAAGACGAAGCGGAAGGGACGAAGUAAGAGCAAGGUGCGGAUCACCGUGAUUGAGGAGGAGGAUGAGCAGCAGCAGCAUGAUGGGGUCGAGGAGGCGGUAGUGGUCGAAAGGGAGAAGCCGAAGCGAGGCCGCCCGCCAAAAGCUGCGACCGAGGCGAAACCCGUGAUUGUCGAGGUAGAGAACGCGGUGGUCGAUACCGAAGUUGGGCUGCCACCACUCGUAAGGAAGACGCACACACGGACUCGGUCGCGCGCCAAUCUAGAAUCCGAGUCCGAAGCGCCACUGCCCUCCUCUUCAAAACCGACCCACUCCAAGACGAAAUCGACGUCAAACGCGAUCCCAGCUGAAAAUGGAACUGACGCUCUCCGGGCGGCGGGAACAGGGAAGGGGAGCAAGCGCAAGAAGAAGGGUGACGACUCUGAACCGCCAAGUGACGUACCCUCCGUCCCCAAACUAGCAAAGGCCAAGGUGUCGCGAGCAAAAUCAAAAAAGGUUGUAGAUCUUCAAUCUGAUGAUGAGGAAUACAAUGCAGUCCAGGAUUUCGUCGUAGUGCAGGAGCAGGAGCAGGAGCAGGAACUUCGUACGGUCACUGCAAAAGCCCCAUCAUCGCCAUCUCAGCCUCGCCAGACGCUACGGCUGGAGAAAACUCCCAAGGCGCCCCCCUCACCUAUAUCCGACGAUGCGGGAUAUGCUACGGCGGAGCUUCCCUUGGAGACGGAUCCAGUGACGGCGACUCCUCCGCGUUUUCUUCACAUCCUUCCCACUAUCCCCCAAAGUCCUCCAGUACCCGUACCAUACAACGAUGCGGAAGAGCCUUCCACUGAGAAUGGUCCAACUUCACCGGUAUCAUUCACGCCCUUCAUGGCAAUGUUCCCCAUUCACAAAUUGACGUCUCUCACCGAUGAAGAAAGCUCAAUGACGGUGGAGCAAUAUGUUCGACGCGAAAUCGAACGACAGUACCAGCAACUCAAGUCGGAUGGUGAAAGGAGGGUCGCGCAGUUUAGGGAGAAGGCAGCUGAGACGAGACGGAUUAUAGAGAAUUCGUGA